GGCCCGUCCUGCGUCCCCGCCCCACGGAUGGUUCACUGUGCGGGGCCAUGGCCACCUGGCGGCGGGACGGGCGGCUGAGCGGCCCGCAGCGGCUGUGCUGUGCGGGGCUGGCGGGCGCAAUGAGCCUCAGCCUGACGGCGCCGCUGGGGCCGGUGCUGGUGCUGAAGCCGACGGACCGGCACUGCGGGCGGGGACUGCUCGGCGCCGGGCGCGGCCUGUGCCGCACCGAGGGCGUGCGGGCCCUAUGGAAAGGGAACCUCACCGCCUGCCUGCGGCUCUGCCCCUACAGCGCGCUGCAGAUCGCCGCCUCCCGCCGACUUGUUAUACUUUUCACGGAUGAGCUGGGCCAUAUUUCCCACUGGAGAGCUAUCAUAGCAGGAAGCCUGGCUGGCAUGGUUGCAACUGUUGUGACUUACCCCACUGAUGUAAUUAAAACCCGGCUUAUUGUGCAGAACAGACUGGAACCAUCUUAUGAAGGAAUUCUUCAUGCUUUUUACAAAAUUUAUCAUCAAGAAGGACUUGUUGCACUUUACCGUGGUGUUACACCAGCUAUAUUAGGUGCUGUCCCAUUUUCUGCGGGCUCAUUCUUUGUUUACAUCAGUCUGGACAAAAUCUGGCGAGAACCCAUGGUUUGUUUUACUCCUCUUCAGAACUUCAUAAAUGGCUGUGUAGCAGCUGCUGUAGCGCAGACGCUUUCUUUCCCCUUUGAGACUGUCAAGAGGAAGAUGCAGGCGCAGAGUCCGUGGCUCCCUCACUGUGGUGCAGUGGACGUCCAUUUCACAGGCAUGGCUGACUGUUUUCGGCAGACCAUGAAGUACAAAGGUGUGCUGGGACUUUGGAGCGGCCUCACACCCAGCCUGCUCAAGAUUGUUCCAUACUUCGGUGUUAUGUUCAGCACCUUUGAAUUCUGCAAGCGGGUCUGUCUGUACAGAAAUGGUUAUAUUGAAUCUCCUUUAAGUUACAAGCUGACUCCUGGGGUGGAUCAGAGUUUACUGCCACAAGAACUGAGAGAAUUAAAGCGCCUCCGAAGGGAAAACUUGGAGCCGAGGAAAUCAGCUCUUGAAAACUGACAUGAGAGCAUCCAUCGGAGGAGCUUUUUCUUCGGAAACUUUGCAAGGAAGAUCAUGCUGAAGCGCAGCUACCAGCAUCUCAGUGAGCUGCAUGGCUUUAGUGCUGAGACUGCAGGAUGUGGGAGAUGAAGAAACUGUUAUCUCGUUUGCUGAAUGGAUGCAAACAGUAAAAACAGUGAGCAUGCACCAAGGAGGAGGAGAGAUGCAACUGCUCCACACACUGUAUGCUAUUGCAGCUUGAACUGAUGCUAUGCUAGCUGCUUCUCGGUGCUGGAUAACCACUUUAAGAUAAACCACUCGCAGAGGGAAUGAAAACUGAGACAGGUACAAAUGGUAUCUUCAGAACAUGAAGAAAGCUCAGAUUGGAUUUCUUUUUAAAGUAACUUGUGCUAAGAAGUCAUCAGAAAAUGGUAAGCAGACUGGAUAGACAACGUGCAAGCGUUCCAACUGGAAUCUCCUCUUCAGUGAUGGUGUGUGGAUGUGGCAUUCUGCAGGUGCAGCGUUAGCCUCUGUUCAUUCACACUCCAGAAUCCACUCUUCUGUUUUUGAGACUUAUUCAUUUUGUUCACAUCUUUGGCACAGCAAUGAAAAUGUGCUGCUGCUGUUGUGUUUUAGACCGUAAUACACUGGAAUGACAAUCUUGUAAACUUCGGUGCUUGCUGGGAAUCUUUGUCCCUUUCUCCUGUGUACCUGAGUUAUUUCAGAGCCACGAGCCUUACGAUGUUUUCCACUAUUCUUAAAGUUCUAUUUUUAUGCUAAACUGCUUCUCAGACCCUUGUGCUGCUCAGACCUUGCCUGCAGAAGAGCACCGUGUACACAUCCUCUCACUUUCCCUCUUGAACUUCUGCACUCUGGGACCCACAGCCCUUCCUUAGGUUGGGAACUUAGCACAACCUCCAGGUUCUCACUGGUGCCACUGCAGUUAAAUAGGCCUCUCACCAGGCCAGGGCCCUUUCAGGAAACAUAAUACCAUUACCUGAGAUAAUUGUAAGACCUGCUUUGCACUCUUAACACUGAUGUACCCUACAGCUGAGCUCUUGUAUCUCCAGUAAUGGGCUUGCUGUGCACUGCUACAGUGGCUGGUUUUCUUCUGACAGAGAAGCACAGAUAUUGAUAGCAGAACUCAGGGUGACAGGGAGCAGUUCUUGUGGCUUCUGAGUCACGUGGAGGCUGUGUGAGUAUUUCUGGCUCUCAUCAACCUGCCUAGUGAACAUGUUUCUCUUUGCCUCGGUUUCCCUAUCUUUGUAAAGCGUCAUUAACAAUAUUGACAUUUAUUUGAUGUGUGUAAAUAAGGAAAUACGACUUGUGAGCGAGUUGGGAAGAACUGGUUUCUGAGCCGUGCUUUUACAUGGACUUUUUGUGUUUGUUUUUACUGACGUUGUAUUUCUAAAUAGAUGUUAAAGAUGGGAUGAUGGGUGCAUAUAAAUGUUAACUCGCCUCUUGAAACUUCAUGAGACUCAAGCGAGUCAAAAAGGUACCUCUCACUUGUUUGUGGGAUGCCACUGUCCCCUCUGUAUUACAGUUUACUCCUGAGGCCUAUAAACCAUUCAUUAACUUUGUAUCA